CCCCCGGGGUUGCUACUAUCGUCGGUGACCGUUCCGCAGGGUUGCUGCCGAUUGACGACGAUGAUCACUGCCACGUACGGGAUGUGAUACGAACCGGUUUCGUACAUGAGUUCGUUCUGGGACUCGAUGCGGGUUUUUUGAAAUUUUUCACGUAGGGGUUCAACGUGUAGCGCGUGUUAGUAGAGUUAAUUAGUAGUGACUUUGAGACUAGACCGUGGUGUUCAUAAACUAUCAAAUAGAUUCCGACAAAGUUCUAAUAGUUACGAAUUCUCCGAUGAAGAAAAAAUACUGAAAAGUGUAAACUUGUGACGUAACGUUGUCAGUGAAAUGGUACAAGUGUUUUGAAAAUAACAAAAUUUUUUGACGACAACGCAGCAAUUCGGAUUUCGUCGACGCGAAAUGCCUGCAACGAGGGACGCUACUUUCAUUUUGACUUCCAUGGUGAUCAUCUUAAACGCUGUUUCAGCCGAAGUUGUUGAGGAAACGAGCGCGAAAACGACCAAGUGCAAAGUGUCGGAGUUCGCGUGUGCUAACGGAAAAUGCAUUCCACUCAACUACUUUUGCGAUGUCAAAAACGACUGUGGCGAUUCAUCCGACGAGCCCAGAUAUUGCACUAGAUGUAACCGGACUUAUUUGGGAGUCGUCGGCACUACCUACGACUUGGAAUUGCACCGCCCCAAGGAGGACAAAAUCCCGUUUAUUUGUCAUCUCACAUUCACUGCCGCUGGAGACGACUACGGCGACCUCAUUCAGGUGACCUUUGAUAGUUUCACCCUAGGCCGUUUCGUAUCGUUCACCGUCGACGGCUGUCCUGAUGGUGCCCUACAAAUCACUGAGGCAAACCGUCCGCAGGUCGGUGGAUCGUGGUGCGGAACGUCUUGGGGCCCAGUGAUAUACUAUAGCGAAACCAAAUCCAUAACGAUUCACGUCAACCUGUUGAAAUUGUCAAAGGUUGAGAACGGAUAUAAUUUCGACUACCGAAUGGAGUACAAGUUUUUAAAGAAGAGAUCUGCAAUCGUCAGAUACGGCGGCAGUGCUCCAUUAAUUUUUUUCAAUGGAUCUGCGCCUCCUACGGAUAUUCCCGAACCAGAUUAUUACCUGGGGGAACUAAUAGCUGGCACGUACUGUUCCCGAAUAUUCAGCGACUGUGAUAAGAAACACUGCCGUCUCCAAUCACCCAACUUCCCGGGAAUCUACCCUAGGAACCUUACCUGCUAUUACGCCGUACGGCAGCACGAAAUACCACCAGGUAAACACGCUUUAAUAACUGUCCGCCAACCUAAAGGGCAGCUUAUAUCGAUACGCAGCCAAUCUUCGUUGUAUGGAACGGCAACACCCAGAGAACUUAGAGUUUGGAAUGCAUGUGAUGACGUACAGGAUUACGUCACUGUUUAUGACGGAUAUACCACCCGGGAUGCCGUUAUACUUAAAUUUUGUGGCGGAGGAGAAGCUGUCCCUGAAGCUGUUUCCAGCGGUCACGAACUCCUGGUGGAAUUUUCCACAUCCCCUUAUGGGACCUUCUUACAACCCGCUCCCGUGCAAUCCUUACAUGGCUUCCAAUUAGAAGUUGAGGUUAAAUUUGUGGACCAGCAAACACCAACGUUCGUCAAACAAAAGCGCAACUGUGAGUUCUGGUUAAGAGGUACUAAUAGAGGCAUACUAGAGAGCCCUAUACACUCCUUGCCAGCUAAUACCACCUGCCUCUACCACCUUCAGGGCAUGGAUCCGAUCGCUUCCACGUCACCGGCACCCUUCAGACCGAUGAACCCGCGUUACCCAGAUUGGAGACACGUGGGUAUGAUAACCCCGCCUCCUCGCUACAGAGUCUGGUUGUCGGUGGUGAAAUUUCACGCUGGAAGUUCGUGGGAUCCUCAGAAACCCGACAAGAUUUGCAAGAGCUAUCUGAAUGUGUGGGACGGCCAGUUAUGGACGCCAAGUAAUUGUGAGGGGCUUUAUUGCGGGCCUUACAACAAACUAACGUCAAAAAAUCUCGGAAGCGGGAGCCUUUUGGUAUCCAAAAGCAGCUCUUCGAUGUCGAAAGCAACAAAGAAUAUUACCUUACUGGGACGAUAUUGCAGAGAGCACAUACCGCGUAGCUGCGAUCACUCACUCUUGGCCAACACUACGAGAUUUCCAAGACCGUGUAGCUUAAUCGAAAGUUUCCUCACUUCCGGCGAUACGCUGACAUUGGAAUUUAAGCUUGGAGAUUCUACAGCUUUAAGGCCAGUAAGCUUUAAAGCACUUUAUGAAUUUGUGGACAUCCAUCUAGAUGGCGAACCGUACGGCGAGGGACCGUGUUCCAGAAAAUUCGCCGGUUUUCAAAGCGACAACCCGCAGAAGUUCAGGUCGCCAGGGGAUAUUUUUUUAUAUGGACGCGGUGGUUCAAAAAACAUUAGUUGUAUCUACCGAUUCGAGGGUCAAAAGGGCGAACGGAUCAAGUUAACCCUAACGGACGUGAGGAUAAAACGCCGUGGAUGUGAUACGCAAUUGAAUAAAGACACCGACCGAUUGGAAUGUGUGGGCAACGUGUCGGCCACUCUAAGGGUUUUCGAAGUCCCUUGGCACGACGUUCCAGGUAUACCGAGGGAUUGCCUCUGUGGCGUAGACAAGAAUCGUUUGAUGCCGUUUACUUAUAUCUCCGCCUCAAACGUCGUCGAGCUUCGAUUCGACGUGACUGGAAUGAACGCCACUGAUGACCUGGACACGUUAUUUUUCGAGGGUAACUGGAAGUUUAUCAGGACGCCGGCCUGUUCCGCCAAUUUGAGGAAGGCAGGCGCAAACGGAGAACUGUGGUUCGCCUAUCCGACCCGAGCUAACGAGGUCAAUUGCGAAUCCAGUCCACGUGUGCUCAUACCGGGCAACAAUAAAUACCUUUACGUAAAAGUAGGAGGAGCCAUAUUGAAACAUUCCAGCCGAUGGAGUAACAACAACACUCUGCGUUCGACCACAUCUACCGGCAUACGAUGCUACACCUCCAAUAGAAUAAUAAUCCACACCGCACUCUACAGCGCAAUCAUUUGUCCCCAAGAGACCAUAUCGAGGGAUCAAAUGGUCGAGGUGUUUUCUGAAGGUUGGAAAAUACAAACCAGUUCCCCGAACACCGUCGGCCAAAUGGUCCUGGAUAGAAUAGAGAUCGACCGUUUAGGGAGGGAGCUGCCCCGGACGAUUGUCGCCGAGUUUUAUGGGAAGGAAACGGGCACUUACCCCGUCAUGUGGCUGGAAUUGUCCAAAAGAAGAGAUGUGCCACCCAAUGGCUUAGGGUUGUUCAUGAUCAAACCCGAUUACUGCCAAUAUCGCUGCCCCGAGUUAGAUGCUUGCAUCAACUCUUCCGUAUGGUGUGAUGGAAGGGAAGACUGCCCUUCCGGCAUCGACGAAGCUCUUACUCACUGUUCGAUGUUGCUUCAGCUACCCCCAUUGUAUCUGUUUUUCGGAGCCCUUUUCACUAUCACCUGUUCUCUCGCGGCGCUUUAUAUUCUCUGGCGGACCUGCAGAAGGCGACCUAGGUCCAUACUGCAAACUCGCCUGCAAAGCCUUUCGUCGGAUACUGCCAUCCUCGAGGAAAAGGGAGUGAUAUGUAGCUGACACAGCGACAAUUCCGUACGUUACGUAGAAGUCGACAGAGUCACCACG